UUACUACUAGGACCCAGCCAAGCUACGGUCACGUUAUCUACUGCAUCACUCUUUCUGUCUCUCUCUCCUUCUCUUAAAACUAGGACCCAGACAAGCCACGGUCACGUUAUCUACUACAUCACUCUUUCUGUCUCUCCUUCUCUCCUUCUCUCUCUCCUCCGCGUCACAUCUGGCGCGACGUCUGAGUUGUAAAGUUGAUUCGGUUCCUGUGUAACAGAGACAGACAGACAGACAGACAGACAUGUUGGUGAUAUUAACCUUCAUCAUCCUCUUCCACGUCAUCUCAGGCAUCCUCCUCUUCAUCAGCACCAUCAACAAUGCAUGGUGGGUGAUCUCUGCUCCAGGAGGCAGUGUGAUUUAUACUGAUCUGUGGUACUCCUGUAAUGUCACAUGUCUCCCUGUCAAGAACAGUGCUUCCACUGACGCAGCCUAUCUGCAGGCCGUCCAGGCCACUAUGAUCCUGUCCACCAUUCUCUGCUGUGUGGGGUUCUUUGUGUUCAUCCUGCAGCUCUUCAGACUGAAACAAGGAGAGCGAUUCAUUUUUACAGCCGUCGUCCAGCUACUGUCUGGCCUGUGUGUGAUGAUCGGAGCGUCCAUCUACACGGCGGAGAGAGAGGGUUUUACGGAGGAGUCUCUAAGGAAGGGGGGAUACGGUUCGUCCUACGUCCUGGCCUGGGUCAGCUUCCCCAUGACCCUCAUCAGUGGACUCAUGUAUCUGGUGCUGAGGAAACGCAAAUAGACGCAACACCCCAUAAUAUACCCUGGAAACCCUAUCAAACCCCUCAUGUAUCUAGCGCUGUGGAAACACAGACACUGCAACACCCCAUAAUAUACCCUGGAAACCCUAUCAAACCCCCUAUCAAACCUUGACAAGGAGCCAAGGAGAGGACGCUCUAUAGGACUGUUGGAACGUAUCCCAGUAAGCCCCUCCCCCUGAGGAUUCUGCUUCAGGAAGAGAGCAAUACAACACCUAGCUAUGUUAGUCCUAGUCCAUAGAGUACACCUGGUGUAGAAGACAAGGUGGAAUAUGUAGGAUUGUCCGUCUGUCUGCCGGCCUGUCUGUGAGUUGGUCUGGCUGUCUGCCGGCAUGCCUGUGAGUUGGUCUGUCUGUCUGCCUGCCUGUGAGUUGGUCUGUCUGUCUGCCUGUGAGUUGGUCUGUCUGUGAGUUGGUCUGUCUGUCUGCCUGGCGGCCUGCCUUUGAGUUGGUCUGUCUGCCGGCCUGCCUGUGAAUUGGUCUGUCUGUCUGCCUGCCUAUCUGUCUGUGAGUCUGUCUGUCUGCUUGCCGGUCUGUCUGGUGAAAGAUGCUGAGAUGUUAAUAUCUAGAACAUUAAAAGAACAGGGGUGGGGAUGAUAAAACUGUCAAACUUGAAUAAAACAAAAUGAAACCC